CACCCAGCUGCCUGCGGACUCUGCAGGCUCCGUCCCAGGAAGGCGCUGCCCCAAACACCCUCCCUGGUUCUGACAUGAGUUCCAGCUGCCUCCGACUGCCAGCUUCCAGGACUGUUGAGGAGUAGCCACUCAGCAGUAGCAGCCAACAGCUGGGUCCACCAUGAACUGGGGGAUCUUCGAGGGGCUCCUGAGUGGGGUCAACAAGUACUCCACUGCCUUUGGGCGAAUCUGGCUGUCUCUGGUCUUCAUCUUCCGCGUGCUGGUGUACCUGGUGACGGCUGAGCGAGUGUGGAGUGACGAUCACAAGGAUUUUGACUGCAACACCAAGCAGCCGGGCUGCUCCAACGUCUGCUUUGACGAGUUCUUCCCCGUGUCCCACGUGCGCCUCUGGGCCCUGCAGCUCAUCCUGGUGACCUGCCCCUCGCUGCUCGUGGUCAUGCACGUCGCCUACCGGGAGGCUCGGGAGAAGAAGCACCGAGAGGCAGUGGGGGAGGAUGGCGGGCACCUCUACCUGAACCCCGGCAAGAAGCGGGGUGGGCUCUGGUGGACCUACGUCUGCAGCCUGGUGUUCAAAGCCGGCGUGGAUACCGCCUUCCUCUAUGUGUUCCACUCGUUCUACCCCAAAUACACCCUCCCUCAUGUGGUCAAGUGCCACGCAGCUCCGUGUCCCAACACAGUGGAUUGCUUCAUCUCCAAGCCCUCAGAGAAGAACAUCUUCACUCUCUUCAUGGUGGUCACGGCCGCCAUUUGCAUCCUGCUCAACCUCGUGGAGCUGGCCUACCUGGUGAGCAAGAGAUGCCGUGAGGGCCUGGCAGCGAAGAGAGCCAGGGCCACGGGCGGAGGCCAUCGCCCAGACUGUCCCACCUCUUCCUACAAGGAAGACGACCUCCUCUCAGGCGACCUCAUCUUUCUGGGCUCGGACUCUCACCCUCCUCUCUUACCAGACCGCCCUCGAGACCAUGUGAAGAAGACCAUGCUGUGAGAGCGCCCUGGUCAAGCCUGUUGGAAAGGGCCCGGCAUCUCCCAUGGGUGCAGCCUUGGGGGCGGGGGAGCUGAGCUGCAAGCAGGGGCAGGUAGGAGGGGGCAUCCUGCACCUGCCCCCUACUGCGGGGCCUCGGGAAGGUUACCCCUCCACACUGAACCUUAGUUUCUUUCUGUGUAAA